AUGCGGCUUUUUUGCGACCACGGGCUUGUAGAAGCACAUUUAACAGCAGCCUUGAACGGAAACGAAUCGACCGGAUAUAGCGUACACGCUUGUGCUGGGAACGAUAAAGAAAAACGGAUGGUGGUAAUGGAAUGCAUAAGCUUGCAUUUGCCCGGGCGUGAAAUCCCGCAAUACUGGCUGGUUCAACGCCGACUUUUGCUGCAUGCUGAUCGGUGUGGGCAGCUAUUGGAGGAACGAAAUGACGAAGAGAUUAGUGCCUGGAUACCAGAAGGUCUUGGCCUCCUUUACGCAGAUUAG